AUGCGCUUCCGAGCCAUGCUGAGGGUCGGGGCGCUCCUGCUGCUCCUCAGAACCUGGCUUGCGGACAGCGACAAGCCCAGUCCCGCCCCGAACUUCAAGUUUUCCCGAGUGCCCGAGGACUUCCUGGACAUCUUCAACUGCAAAAAUUGUGCAAAUCAGUCCACGGUUCAAAAGAUCCUGGACAGGGUGUUGUCGAACUAUGAUAUGCGCCUGAGACCAAAUUUCGGAGGUGGCCCUGUGAUUGUGAAAAUAGCUAUCUAUGUUACCAGCAUUCAAAAGAUCUCUGAUACGAAUAUGAACUAUACAAUCACGAUAUACUUUUAUCAGACCUGGAAGGAUUCACGCUUAGCGUAUUAUGAGACCAACCUGAACUUGACCCUGGAUUACCUCAUGAACGAGAAGUUGUGGGUUCCCAGCUGCUACUUUCUGAAUACCAAAGAUGUUUUUAUUCAGGAUGCAACCGUGGAUGAUUGCAGGUUUCAGCUUCACCCUGAUGGGACGGUGCGGUACGGCACAAGGCUCACCACUACAACAGCCUGCUCCUUGAAUCUGCAUAAAUUCCCUAUGGAGGAGCAGACCUGCAAGCUAGAGGUGGAGAGCUUUGGCUACACUGCCGAAGACAUCAUACUGUCCUGGGAUAAUGAUGAGAAUGGUGUCCAGGUGACUGAAGACCUUCAGAUCCCUGAGUUCAACUUUGUAGGGAAGAUGAUUACUAGCAAGGAGGUGUAUUUCCACACAGGUUCUCACAUGCGGCUGGUAAUGAAGUUCCAGGUCAAACGGGAUAUGAACAGCUACCUUUUGCACUUCUUUUGGCCAACUAUCCUCACCACUAUUCUCUCCUGGAUAUCAUUUUGGAUGAGCCAUGAUUCCUCUGCAGCCAGGGUGAUAAUAGGCCUCAUUUCCAUCCUUAUCCUGACCACCAUCGACUCACACCUGCGGGAUAGACUCCCCCACAUUGCCUAUGUCAAGGCCAUUGACAUCUAUAUCCUCGUGUGCCUGUUCUUCAUGUUCCUGUCCUUGAUAGAGUAUAUCUACAUUAACUACCUUUACUUCAGCCAAGGGCCUCGCCGCCAGCGUAGACGACACAGGAGACCCAGAAGGGCCGUCGCCCGCUACCUCUACCAUGAUGCAGUGGUGAGACAUGCACAGGAUGACCUGAUUAACGUGGAAAACGAAGUUGGUUCUGGCUCUCUUCCCACCCACCCUGCCCAGGCUCCCCUGGCGAGCCCCGAAAGUCUUGGCUCUUUGGCGACCAUCUCAGAACAGGCUCCGCUGGCUACCUCCGAAAGCCUCAGCACAUUCUCUUCCACCUCCAGCCUGGCCCAGCUGGACCCUGGGGAAAACCUGAGCCAUCUCCCCUCCACCUCCCAGCAGCCCCUGCCUGGCUUUAAUGACAUGAUUGUUCCCACCCACACGGAAGCCCAUGUGUGUGUAGAGAUCUAUAGCGACAGCGAGGAUGACUCAGAAGACAACUUGGGCUUGGAUGAGAGCCAUGGCCGAGGCCCCAGAGGGAGACCCAUGUUGUCCCAUGGACAGAGGUGUGUGCAAGAAGCGGGCUUGGGCUUACAGGAUGACAUCAGUAUUAAGAGCAGCAGCCUUGACCUUGAGGAGCAACGCGACAGUGACAGUGACUCUGACAGUAUCAGGAGUGUGGAUGAGGAGAAUCCCACGACCUCUGACCAAGAGGACAGUAGCUCAGAGUCUGAGGACGACUGCCUCCUAAGCUGUGGGCAUAAAGAGGGUUCUUCCAAGCUCUUUAGCCCUAAGCAUGUCCGUAAGAUAGACUGGUGGUGCCAAGUCCUCCUCUCUCUCUCCUUUGGGUUGCUCAGUAUUGGUUACUGGCUGUAUCACUUGUUUUAG